AUGAGUGGCAACCCGCAACAGCAGCCGCCGCGGCGGGUCACCAAUGUGGGCUCCAUGCUGCUGACCCUGCAGGAGAACGAGAGCCUCUUCAGCUUCCUGGGCAAGAAAUGCGUGACGAUGUCUUCGGCAGUCGUUCAAAUCUAUGCAGCAGAUCGCAAUGCUAUGUGGUCAAAGAAAUGCUGUGGUGUAGCUUGUCUUGUAAAGGACAAUCCACAGAGGUCUUAUUUUAUCAGAAUAUUUGAUAUUAAGGAUGGGAAAUUAUUAUGGGAACAGGAGCUGUACAAUAACUUUGUAUAUAAUAGUCCUAGACGAUAUUUUCAUACCUUUGCUGGAGAUACAUGUCAAGUUGGUCUUAAUUUUGCUAAUGAAGAAGAAGCUAAAGUAUUCUGCAAAACAGUAACAGAUUUACUUGGACGACGACAGAGAAGAUCUGAAAAAAGACGAGACCCACCAAAUGGCCCAAGUCUGCCAAUGGCAACUGUUGAUAUCAAAAACCCAGAAAUUACAACUAACAGAUUUUAUACUCCACAAGUCAACAAUAUUUCAUAUACCAAAGAAAAGAAGAAAGGAAAAACUAAAAAGAGAAGAUUGACAAAGGCAGAUAUUGGAACACCAUCUAAUUUCCAACACAUUGGACAUGUUGGUUGGGAUCCAAACACAGGUUUUGAUGUGAAUAACUUAGACCCAGAACUGAAAAACUUGUUUGAUAUGUGUGGAAUUUCAGAAGCUCAGCUGAAAGAUAAAGAAACCUCAAAGGUCAUAUAUGAUUUCAUAGAAAAAACAGGAGGUGUGGAAGCUGUUAAAAAUGAACUGCGCAGACAAGCUCCACCUCCACCACCACCGUGUAGAGGAGGACCCCCUCCACCUCCACCACCACCUCCCCAUAGUUCAGGCCCUCCCCCUCCCCCUGCUAGGGGCCGAGGGGCCCCACCUCCACCUCCUUCAAGAGCUCCCACAGCAGCACCUCCGCCCCCACCUCCGUCUAGACCUGGUGCAGCAGUGCCCCCACCUCCUCCAAACAGGAUGUAUCCUCCACCACCACCAGUGCAUUCAUCAUCUGCACCAUCUGGCCCUCCCCCACCUCCUCCCCCACCAGCAAGUGGGUCAUCUGUUCCUCCACCACCACCUCCUCCUCCACCCCCUCCUGGUCCUCCUCCACCACCAGGCCUUCCUUCAGAGGUUGAUCACCAGCUUCCAGUUCCUGCAGGAAACAAAGCAGCACUCUUGGAUCAAAUCAGAGAAGGAGCUCAGUUAAAGAAAGUAGAACAGAACAAUCGACCAGUGUCUUGCUCAGGAAGAGAUGCACUGUUGGACCAGAUACGACAGGGUAUACAGCUGAAAUCAGUAUCUGAUGGUCAGGAGAGUGCACCGCCAACACCUGCACCCACCUCAGGAAUUGUGGGUGCAUUAAUGGAAGUUAUGCAGAAAAGGAGCAAAGCCAUUCAUUCUUCAGAUGAAGAUGAGGAUGAAGACGAUGAAGAAGACUUUGAGGAUGAUGACGAAUGGGAUGAUUGAUCAUAUAUUAUUAUAUAUAUUUUUUAAGGUGAAUGAUAUACUAAACACUACUUUCUGUCUAUGGAUUCUGUAAAAUUAUCAUGUAAAUGUUCUACCAAUUUGCUGUAUAUUUUUGUUGCCUUUUGCUUUUUUAUUAAUCUGUGCAAUACCUCAUUUAAUCUGUAAAGGUUUGUCAUAAUCCUCUGCAAAGCUACUCCCUAUUAAUGUGUGCAAGUUUACACCUGGAUGAUCAUGUACAUGUGAAUACUUUCUAUUCCAUCAGUAAGGGAGUUUAAAUGUAAUAUGUGAGACUGACAUAAACCUUAAUGUAAUUUAGUUAUAAUGCAAGAAGGAAAACACUAUUUUCAUACCCUACUUUUUCUGUAUCUAAAAUUUCUUAUUAAAACCUAGUAUAGCACUAUGUCCUUUAAGUGAUGCAGCUCUUAGUUUAUUUAGCCCCUUCAUUUCAAAUGCAAUGCUACAUGAACGUUAAGGCUGGUUUAUUACUGUUGCAUGGUUUCAGGUACAUCACAACAUUGCAGUUCAAAUCUUAGUUACGUAAAGCAAAAUCACCACAGAACUCGUGCUAAUUGUGAAGAUUACCUUGCCCUAACUAUAGCAAUGUUGACUGCUACUGAACAGCAGUAGUAAUCUUUGGAUUAGGGAGCUCUAUCUGAAGUUAAACCAGGGUGGGUUUAUGUUGUAAUAGUGGUAAAGCAGACAAGUUCAGUCUUUGUUUUUGUUUUUUCCUUCCCAGCUUUUACUUUCGGAAUGAAGAAGUGUAAAUUACCGGGGGCUGUACUGGAGGCUGGCAGUUGCUACAGUUUGAUUUAUUUUUUUAAAUCAAGUUUAUGUGGUUUUCAGGCUGAAGGGCUGCAUUUAAUGCUUGCUUCAAUAAUGUUUAACUACUUUUAAAAAUGUGUAGGAUAUUGGUGUACUAAUAAAGUAAAACAUAAGUGGUAUUCCUUUGCAGUCUUUGCGUUAUGGUACACGACAAAUGCCGAAACACCGAUCCUACAUCCAUAAAGUUGGAAAACCAUCAACUCAGAAUGUACACUCUGAAUAAGCAGUGAAUGUUAUGGCAAUAUUCUGUCUCCGUAUGUUGGCUUUAAGACCAAGGGUUGUGCUGGAGAUUAAGAAUCUGAUUCACAAGAAUAGUGUUUGAGUAAGUGUACAGCAGAUGGGAUUCUCAUUUCACAGCUCGCACAUUUAUGUAAGUUGUACUCUGUAGUGCAGUCAGCAUUGGCAUAUCUGCCUGUUACAACAUACUCAUCUAUGCUAUGUGGGUAUUUAAUAUCUGCAGCAUUAUUUACUGUACUUAGUGUAACUUUCAGGUAGAAAAUCUUCUUAAAAACCACAUUAUCUGACACAGAAUGUUUAGUUAAGUCAGUCAUAUCUGGAGCAUAGUUGAUGCAUAGUGUCCUGGGUAUUGGACUAUAGUCAAGCUAUCAAAUUAAGUUUAAAUUAUCAGAAUUGUAUUGACAGAAACCCAAUGUUGACCUGAUCUUGACAGGCUGGACCUGCAUGAUACGACUUGGAUUUCUAACUCAGUUGUAACCUAGAAUUAAUGUAGUCAUAUGAGAAGAAACGAAAAGUUGCUGAAAAGUAGUGGGAAAGGUAAGGUUGUAGUUAAAUUAUUCAGAGAAUGCUAACUUACUUCCAAGUGUAAUUUAAGCACAUAACUUGAGGAAAAAAAAAUUCCAAGCAGCCUCACUUUCUUGCAGUAACUUUCAAAUUGCCCUCUGCUGCUAGAAACACUUCCUACUGACUUUGCUGAAACAACUUGAGUAUUGGAUCGAGUGCAAGUGCAGCCUGGGGUGGCUAAUGGCAGUGGAGCUGAGAAUUUACUGUGUAUAAGGAAAAUAUUUGUAUGGCUUUCACAUAACUUCUGGCACUGCUCCCUUAUUUUUUAUCGCAUAUAGGGCAUUUUAAAAUUAAGCAGAUGAGGCCUAGAGGUUUUCCUAACAUGCUACUUCCUAGCUAUGUUUAGCUGUUAUGCUAAAUUUCUGUAAUAUAGUUAAUAACAAAGCAUCACAGUUCAUUAAUCAGGCUUCUUAUUCCAGGGUUUGGGAGCUCUGGAUUUACCUUAUUGAAUAGAACUUUGAUUUGUAGAUACUGGCCAAAGAAAGGUUUUGGGUUUUCUGUUUCUCUUUCUUUGUACAAGAAGUACACUCACAUUCCGUGUUGUCCAGGUUAAUACUUCCUUUAGUGUUUGUACAUGAUAAAUUUCAGGCAUAAAGACUGCAAUGGCAGUUCAGUUAGUCAUAACUGCAUGCUUCAGCACUCCGCCACUUGCACUAUGAGCAGAAGAUAGCAUUUCAUGAUACUGGUGCAUUGUUGCUAAACAUUGUAAUGAAGGCCUCUCUUAUAUAUUCUGGUUAAACGAGUGUCCAGAUAGCCUUAGCAAUUAACAAACUAGCAUGAGGCUCUUGUAUCUCAACACUCUGUGUGCAUAGACAAUAUCAGCUAGCCACUUGUACCUAUGAAAUCCGUGAAAACUUCUCAAUCACUCAGUUUUCCAUUUAUCAAACUGAACAUUUUAGUAUGUGAAUUUUUGCAAUGUACAGUGAAUAGGAUGUUGCACUGGUGGCAAUUCAUCUUGGAGCAUAAUAAAAUUAAUUUGACCCAACCAGCGUAAAA